UUCUAUUUCUGAAAUAUUCUUCUAUCCUACAUUAAAUCAAUUUUAGAUAUAUCUAUUAUCUUUGCGUAAAGAAACGAUGAAUUUGCAAAUCGAAUUUGCACGUUUCAGUAAUAUAAAAAUGCUGUUAUAGCGCCCCAACAAAAACCUUACAGGAUUACUGCUAAUAUAAAUUCGACAAGUUUACAAGUAUUAAAUAUAUACGCGGGCUUUAAGAUUCUCAUUUAGAGUUUGUUCGCGAGUAAAGAAAGUUGUGUUCGAGAAGAAUCUUUUUCUCGCGUUCACGGGUAUCGGUAAUUGAAAUCGAAACAAAAUAAUGACCGCUAAUCCUCAGCUAGAAGGAUCGCGCUUUUUCGCCACCAUUCGCCGUUCUGUUCGUACCUGGCGCGCAGGCAAACGGAAAGGCAGGUAACCGUGGUCACCAGGUAACUCACGCGGCCGGCCAUGGCUCCGGUGCCGGAGAGAGGGAGAGGGGUCGACGCAGGUCGAGCCUGGCGAGGUGGCGGUGUUCUCCGUCGCCGACGCGGCAUCGGCCUGCAGUCAGUCAGUCUCGUUCGGUCGGCGGGCGUUCGUCGUCGUCGGUCGAAGCUGGUGCGCGCGCGGAUGAGCGAAGGUGAAACCGGAGUGGAGACCGCAGAAAGAGGAGAACGGACGCACGCGGAGAGCGGGAAGCUUGCCCCCUUUUUUUUUUUUCUUUUCUUUUCACGGUGUGCGGAAGGAAAAGUGCGGGGAAAAGUCGGAGGGGCAGGGGGCGACGUGGAGGCAGGAUGUUGAGUGCGUGAGAGGGUGGCGGGCGAGACGACGACGGGAAGAAGGAGCCGAAAGAAAGGACUCGGAAAAUGCGGGCGCGACACGUCGUGGCAGUUCUGGCCACUCUGUUGGCUAUCACUCAAGAAGCCCCCCAGAAUGUCAGACAUCAAAACUACGAGCAGUAUCCUCGCGAGGCCUACUUUAACGGCUCGGCGUUCCUGAAAUUGAACUCCUUCGUAUCGGUGCACCGUCACAGCGGCCUCAGCUUCCGCACGUGCGAUCCCGGUCGACUAUUCUUACAAAAGUACGAUGACAAUUCGAUCAGUCUCGAGGUGACACCCGAGGGACUACUCUUCGUGGCUGUGGUCGAGCAGCAGAGGUAUCGAGCCAGACUGAACGCCAGGUUACUCGACAACAACUGGCAUAACGUCAACCUGGUAUUUAGGGUCGGCAAUCUCACCCUAAAUGCCGCAGGACAUACUCAGAUGGUCGCGAAUGCGACUUACAAUUCCGCUAUCCUGACACUUCCCGACUAUGAGAUGAACAAUUCGCUCAUAGUCGGCGAAGGGUUCAGAGGUUGCAUCCUGCGAGGGCCCGGGAUCCUCUUCAACGGCAGCGUCAAUCACGGGGCCGUUUUCGGGCCCUGUCCGUUGGAUCCUACCAAAGAAUGUGGAACGAGCGGUCUCGGGGGUGGCACAGGGACACCCGUCGCUACGGUACCCGCUAAGGAUUUCUGCCACCACGAGCCAUGCAUGAUGCAUGGUAAAUGCGUGUCGCGGCAGGAUCGCUACGAGUGCCACUGUUACGCCCGAUACUCCGGCAACAACUGCCAGAUUGAUAAUGGCUCACCCUGUCUGAGCGCACCCUGUCGCAAUGGUGGCACUUGCAAUGAAGACACGCGCGGUGACUUUAGCUGCAACUGUAAGCCCGGCUUUACCGGUAGCUUCUGCGAAUCUCAACUGGGAGUACGAUUAUGCGAGCAGAAUCCAUGUAGAAACGAUGGCAUUUGUCUGGCGCUAACAGAUAGCGAGUACAAGUGCCAAUGUCAGGCUGGCUGGACCGGAAAGAACUGUGAAACUAAUAUUAACGAAUGCGCUUCGAAUCCAUGCAAGAACAAGGGGAUUUGCAUCGAUGGGAUCAAUAAUUACACUUGUAGAUGCAACAGCACCGGUUACGAGGGCGUUAACUGCGACGUGGACAUCGACGAGUGUCAGGCGAACCCGUGCCUGAACAACGGUGAAUGCUUCGAUACCUACGGUACCUACACCUGCGCCUGUCCGAAGGGCUUCGACGGCCUGAAUUGCGAGCUCAAUCUGAACGAGUGCUUGUCCGCGCCUUGUGCCAACGGUGGCGAAUGCGUCGACAAUGUGGGCAGUUAUCACUGUAAUUGCCUCCCAGGUUUCGCGGGAGACAAUUGUGAACUUAAACGUCACUGCGAGAACGCGGCUUGUCCGCUUAACAGCAUCUGCGUGGAGGACGCUCAUGGGGCUCAGUGUGUCUGCAAUCCCGGUUUAAUGGGUAAUCCGCCUAAUUGCACAGUCAACUAUUGCGCCAGCAACCCCUGCGCCAACGGCGGCACUUGUACCAGCGGCAGAGAUAAUUACAACUGCACCUGCCCCCCUGAAUGGAAAGGAAAGAAUUGUCAGAUCGGUGUUGAUGAGUGCCUAUCACAACCAUGUCAGAAUGGCGGUACCUGCAUUGACCGUGUCAACGGAUACACUUGCAACUGCACCAAAGGCUUCGUGGGUGAAAAUUGCGAACGGGAAUACGAUGCCUGCUUCAUAAAUCCUUGUCAGAACAACGGCACGUGUACGCUGAUGCCAAGAUCGAAGAAAGAAUUCGUUUGCGAAUGUCUGCACGGUUUUGAGGGCAAGGUGUGCGACGUGAAUAUUGACGAUUGCAUCGGCGUAGAAUGCCCGGAUGACAAGAUUUGCGUUGACGGUAUCGCCGGUUACGAAUGCAAAUGCCACGAUGGCUACAGAGAUCCUAAUUGCACGCUGAUUGUAGAUCACUGUGUCGCAAAACCGUGCAGCAACAAUAGCACGUGCGUUGAUCUUGGCGAGCACGGCUUUGAGUGCAAAUGCACUCAAGGCUUUCAAGGCCAGUAUUGCGACCUCGAUAUAAACGAGUGCACGUUACACGGCAGUGCCCUGUGCAACAACGGGAUCUGCGUUAAUUCUCCGGGUAGCUACGACUGCUUCUGCCGGCCCGGUUUCUCUGGCGAUCAUUGUGACAUUAACAUCGACGAGUGUCUGUGCGGCCCUUGCAAGAAUAACGCUACCUGCAUCGACGGGAUCAACAUGUUUCAGUGUCUGUGCCAGCCCGGUUACACCGGCAAGACCUGCGAGGUGGACGUGAACGAGUGCGACAGCAACCCGUGCCACAACGGCGCGCAAUGUGUGAACGGUAUAGCGUCAUACACGUGCAUGUGUCCGGCGGGCUUCCUCGGCUCCAAUUGCGAGAUCAAUAUUGACGAAUGCGAAUCGUCACCUUGCAUGAAUCAAGGAACGUGCAUCGACGACGUAAACGGUUACACUUGUGACUGCAGCGAUACAGGUUUCGAGGGUCCACAUUGCGAGAAUAAUAUAGACGAAUGCCUGUCGCAACCGUGUGUAAAUGGCGGAUUGUGCGUGGACGACAUCAAGAUUUAUAAGUGCCAAUGCUAUGCCGGCUACACUGGUAAGAAUUGCGAAUUGGAUGUAAACGAAUGCGAGAGCUCGCCCUGCCAGUACAAUGGCACUUGCCUCGAGCGAUCAAAUAAAGAACUUUACAAGAGUGAGGCCUUAAAUUUACCCGCGAUCUUCACUCAGGAGUUCAGUUACGCCAAUGCCAGCGGAUAUGAGUGCCUCUGCGUGCAAGGUGUCACCGGCAAGAACUGCGAGGUGAAUAUCAACGAGUGUGACAGCAAUCCUUGCGGUCCAGGCACCUGUAUGGAUCGCAUCGGCGGUUACACUUGCGAGUGUGACGAGGGCUACGAAGGGGAUCACUGCCAGCAUGAGAUCGACGAGUGCAAACGAUACACUCCCUGCGAGCACGGGUUAUGCACCGACGCCAAAGCCGACUACUUUUGCACCUGCGAGCCGGAGUACGGUGGCAAAAACUGCUCAGUAAAGCUGAUGGGCUGUCAGGGCAAUGCCUGCCAGAACGGCGGCACUUGCUGGCCGUAUCUGGUCGAUGAGACCAUCCACAAGUUUAACUGCACCUGUCCCAAUGGCUACCACGGCGAGGUCUGCGAUUACCGCUUCUGGCGAAAGAAGGUGCGUAAAUGCAUGUUCCGUUUAUAUAAGCAAUUUAAACACUUUAAAACACACUGUUGUUCGACAAAUUCACAGGUGACGACGAUGUCUCUGAGCGGCAGCUCCUACGUCCUGGUAAACACCACACGUGACGAAGGCUAUGAUAUCCAAUUUCGCUUCAGGACCACACUGCCGAAUGGCCUCUUAGCGAUCGGUAGAGGUGUGACCAUUUAUAUUCUUCAGCUGGUGAACGGCAAACUCAACAUACACUCUAGUAUAUUGAACAAAUGGGACGGAGUCUUCGUCGGUAGUGGACUCAACGACUCCAACUGGCAGAAGGCUUUCGUAGCGAUUAACGCGACUCAUCUCGUCCUUUCGGCCAACGAGGAACAGACUAUCUAUCCUAUCAGUCCCAAUGAAGGCUCCAACUCUUCAAACCAUACGUCCUUCCCCAUGACUUUUGUGGGCGGCAGUCACAUCAGCUCUCUGAGCUUUCUGAGAAGAUUAUCCCGCCUACCUUCAUUCACUUUUUUCGUUGGCUGCAUGGAAGAUGUGGUCAUCAACGGCGAAUGGGUCUACUCUGGCACUACGUCGAAAACUGUAUACAUGGAGGAUGUGGAACCGGGCUGUCCUCGCGAGGCUCAAUGCUCGCAGGAGCAUUAUCCUUGUAAGAACGGUGGUCACUGUACCGAUCGUUGGCGCGACUUUUAUUGCAAAUGCGAGCGGCCUUAUCUUGGUCACACCUGUCAGUACAACAUGACAGCCGCCACCUUCGGAUAUGAGAAUAUCACGAACGGCUACGUGACCGUGAGAGUCAGUGACGCGGUCAGACGUACCGUCAGCUCGGUCGUCGAUAUCUCCAUGUUCAUCCGCACGCGAGAAAGCUAUGGCGAUAUCUUCUAUCUGGGCACGGAACUGGACUCCCCGAAGCCGCAGGAAAAGACCUACAUAGCAGCGCAGUUGGAGGGCGGAGAAUUGCUGGUCAGGAUUCAAUUUAAUGGCACGGAAGCUUAUACCGUCGGCGGCGUGAAGCUCAACGAUGGAAACAACCAUCUGAUCCAGGUGGUGAGAAACGUCACUCUCGUCCAAGUGAAAAUCAACGGUACCGAGUAUUUCCGCAAAACCAUUAGCGCCACGGGAGACCUGAACGUGACUGUCCUUUAUCUGGGAGGAUUACCGCAAACGUCGCGGUACAUCCGCCAAGUUGAUAGCAGGCAGAUGGAAGUGCAGCAAACACCGCAAAUCAAUUUCAAGGGCAUCAUCCAAGAUGUGCAGAUAUCGAACGGCACGAGAACGAUGGUCGUGGAGUUUUUCCCGCUAAAGGCUCAAGACAUUCCCGCACUUGUUCAAUUCGGCAACGUCACCUUCGAUCCUGAAAAGGUCCUCGAGGGCGUGGUAUCGGACGACGUGUGCGUGAGCAACCCGUGCAACCACAAUGGCACGUGUCACAUAUCGUGGAACGACUUUUGGUGUCAGUGUCCGCGCGGAUACACCGGCAAAACUUGCCAGGAGAUGGAGUUCUGUCAAUUGCAAGACUGUCCAACGGGUUCGCGCUGUCAGAAUCUCGACGACGGCUACGAGUGCAUUGCCAAUGCGACCUUCGACGGUGUCUCCACCGUCUUCACGUACGCUUACGGUCGCGCCACGGAUGACGCCAGUGACCUGCCGCUCGACACCAUUCAGAUUACCUAUCGCUCCAACACUGGCGGCACGUUGCUUCAUAUGGCGUCCCACAUGGGUGAUCAACAUUUCACUGUCUCCGUCUUUAGGGACACCGUCACCGUGUCCUGGCGACUCGAUUUGGAGAACCAGGGUAUCGUCACCUUCGGCAAAAGCCAACCAGACGGAAACUGGACCUCGCUUCUUAUCAGACUGAACAAUAAUUCUGUGGAGUGUGGUUACACAAAUCCCACUGAAGAACAGCCUCAUGUGAGUCCUAACUUCAGCUUUCAGCUGUGGUACGAUCUGCUAGUGACAGGAACGGUCACCCUCGGUGGACUUUCCUCCAACGCCUUAUCCGACAGGCACACUUACCUUACCAUUGGACCGAAAAACGAGAGGAGAAACGGAAUUGAAGGCAACAGUGUGGAUUAUGAGCACAGACUGACAACUGCAAUGCCCCCGCACAGUAUGAUGUCCGGAGAACCGUUUAAGGGCUGCCUCGGCGAGGUACGUAUCGGCAGCAUGUUGCUGCACUACUUCACGUACGAAGAAGUUUAUCAGAAUGCGAACUUCACCCCGCUGGAGUACCUAGAUCUACAGGGUAAUGAUAACGCCACCCAUCGCGACAGCAUCGGCUGCCAGUUGUGCUUCGACACAGACUGUAAGAACGACGGUUAUUGCUUCGAUAAGGCCAACAGCUACGUAUGCGAGUGCCCGGCGGGUUACGCCGAGGACGACUGUUCGUUCAACAUCGACGAGUGUGUCGACAACAAGUGCCAGAACGGCGCGACUUGCGUCGACGGUAUCGCCAAUUAUACCUGCGUGUGCAAGAACGGUUGGCAGGGAUGGCUAUGCGAUAGCGACAUCAACGAGUGCGUAACGUUGAGCCCGUGUCAACACGAAGGUGUAUGCGUGAAUCUGCCAGGCUCGUUCAGAUGCGAGUGCCCUGAUCGAUUCACCGGUGAAUUGUGCGAAAGCUUCCGGCUAAUCACCUGCGAGAACGAGCCGUGCAAGAACGGUGCGACCUGUGUAGACGUGCCGAAUCCGAAGACAGGUGACAACUUCACCUGCAACUGCAUGCCCGGCUAUGUCGGCCCGGUCUGUGACACGCCCUAUUGCGUUGAAAAAAAGUGCCAAAAUGGGGGCAGAUGCGACUUUCCUCCCUUAUAUAUAAACCAGAUAGAAAAUAAUAAAGUGCCGAAGUGCACUUGCCCUCUCGGUUACUCCGGCAUGUACUGCGAGAUUAACAUUGAUGACUGUGCACCGGAUCCUGAGGGCAACGUACCCUGCAAGAACGACGGCAAGUGUUUCGACGGAGUGAACAACUUCGUGUGCGACUGCCAAGGUACCGGAUACACCGGAGCUGAUUGUUCCAUCGACGUGGAUGAAUGUCAGGAUUUGGGGGUCGAUUGCGGGCACGGUACCUGCGAGAAUCUACCUGGUUUCUAUCGGUGUAUUUGCAACGACGGUUAUUGCGGCAAUAAUUGCGGCAUGGUGAAUCCCUGCCAGGAGGACUUCUGCCACAACGGUGGUACAUGCGAAUGCGCUGAUGAUGGUGGAUACAUGUGUCGAUGCACUCCUGACUAUUCUGGACAAAAUUGUACAGAGCCGGGACAUAACUACUUAGGCAGCCAAGCCCUCGACAUAGCGGUAAUUGUAGGCCCGAUUGUAGGCUUUCUCUUCCUGAUUGGCAUUGUAUCCCUUGUAGCACUUUUCAUGAUGGCAAGGAAGAAACGUGCAACACGUGGCACGUAUAGUCCGAGUGCUCAGGAAUUCAGCAAUCCGAGAGUGGAAAUGGAUAAUGUGAUGAAGCCUCCACCAGAGGAAAGAUUGAUAUAAUCGAACGCAAUCGGAAGAAUAUAAUUAGGUAAUGCAAAUUAAUUUUGAUAUGUGGAAGUCGCGUUUUAAAACAGCACAUUCUAUGCAAAAAAAGUAAAUAAUACGAAUAAAAUAAUAUAAUCACUUUUUCUAAAACUAAAUUUAUAUUUAAUUUAUAUUAAAUUGCAAAUUUCUUUACUUAUAAUUUUGCUUUUAGCUACGAAUUUGUAUAUUUUUUUUUUUUACAAAUAUAAAUUAUUCCAUAUAUCGAUAAUUAUUUGCAUAGCCUAGUCUUCCAAAAAUGUGAUUCAUCAUUGCGAAAAUGUUUGACUGAAAGCACACAGAUCGCUCGACGAACAGCCAAGUCGAUGACGUGAAACGAUUACUCAUCUCGUCUUCUAGUCCUCGCUGUUUCGUUGUUACAAAAAGAAUAGAUAAAUUAAAAGAAGGAAAUUUAAUAUAAAAUUAAAUUUCCAGAUCCUUUGGACAACGAUUAAAAAAUUUGGGUGAAAUCUUUUUAACUCGUUGCUUAUGAAAGAAUCGUGUAGACAAUGAUUUUAAGAUUAACAAAAUAAAUUUAAUAUUAUGUUUUUUUCAACGACGCAUUUUUUGACAGCAUGUUUGUCAAGGGAGGAUAAUUAUCAAUCAAGUGAACUUGAAAACUUGGCAUUACGUUGAAAUCUAAUAAAGUCAACGUUUUGUUUCGAGCUUUCUGAGCAAUGUGUGGAGUGUCUCAGAGAAAGAAUAUCAUUCAUUUUAUGCAUGAAUAUACUUUCUAUUAUAAAUAAUUGACGUUUCAAAAAUAAGGAUCAUAAUUCUGUUAGACGAAUCUGAGGGACCAAUAAUAAUUACUGCGUUCGGCAAAGCAAAUCUGAGACGUCGGAAUGCUCUAUUACCUCAUUCUAUCUUUAUUCAAUUUCAGUAAAUAACAAAGACAGAAUGUGUCAACAAAGUCUCCAAACGCCUCAGAUUUGUUUUGCCGAACGCACCCAAUGUUCUAAGAUUUGAAAAUUUGAGGAUUUAGAAAUUUAAUGAUUCGAAGAAUUCGACCAGCUCCAAAAGCUAGAAUCUAAAAGCUAAGAAUCUAAAAUAAUCUAAAACUCAAGAUACUAAAUUUAAAAAUUCUAAGAGAAUUAUAAGGAGAAAAUAUUCAAUCAUAAAUAAUGUUUGAGUAAAAAAAUUUUAUUAAAUAAUAGGAAUAAAAGGACAGGGUCCAUACCCUUCCCCCUCUCCUCUCUCUGGGACACCCUGUAAAUAUCACGUAAAAUAAAUCAUGUAGUAUAAUGAAGUGUACUUAAAGCUCUCAGAAGUGUCCUUAAGACGUUAAGCAAUACUCGAAGGAGGCGAAUCCAAGCAAACAGACCCGUCCAUUUUAGUGCCUAAUGUAUACUCUACUUAAAGAGAUAUUAUUUAUAAGACGUGAUCAUGCAAUAUUGAUGGACGAGGAGAAAUAGAGAAAGCAAGUAGGACGAUAUGUGAAGACGUACAACUGAAACAAAUGCAAGAUCUCGAGAAUAAUGCAUAAUGUUCUUAAACUUACAAAAGAACAGGUGAAUUAAAAGAAAUUACAUAAAAACAUUUCUGCAAAUUCAGAUUAUUAAUUUUUCAAUUUUUAUUUACCUAUAUCUACUUUUCCUCUAAUUAAAUUGUAAUUAAAUUUGUUAUAAUUUCCUCUCUAAAAUCUCAUUUUACUUAUCACUGUUAAAAUUUAAUUUUAAUUAUAUUCUAUUUUUGUUCAAUAUCCAUUUGAUUCUUUAUAAUUUUUAACUUUUUUCGAUUUAUAACUUAUUUUGAUUUACAUUUUGUUUUAUUAAACUUCUCAUCAUCUAUUCUAAUUUACUUUUUGUUAAGUUUUUACAAUCUUAAUUAGAUUUUUAAUUAAUUCAACAAAGUUCUCUUUUAAUUUGCCUAUCUCUUCGCAGGAAUUAUAUGCGCUAAUUGUAAGUUUUAAAUAUCGUCAAACAGCGACACAUAUUCCGACUUACUGUAAAAAAAAAAUGCCGAUAUUGUUGAGUGUUUCCGAUGUGAAUACAAGGAUAAACUUUCUGAAAAGCACAUGGAAGAACUCGUAUUACCACCUGUUAAUUUUGUACAUAGUUAGACAUAGCUCGUAAGCCGAAAAAGAUUAUUAACGACUUUAUCACAUUUAGGAUUUUAUAUGACUAUUAGAUAUUUAAUGAUAACGAACGUAUCAAUCAAUACGUACUUAUACUACCACGACCAAAGUAGCGAUGAGGCGAUAUCUUGUAAGAUUUUACUGUAUAAAAAAUCAUCUUGCGAUUUUUUAUAAGCGUUUGAUUUUUCUCUUAUAAAGCAUUUGUGUUCAAGACUGAGUUUCCAGCGUCUGAAAUAAGAGAAACGAAGAAAAAUCCAGAAACGUACAUGUAACGUACCGAAUAUAUAUUCUAUAUUUAUAUUCAGAAAAAGUAAAUUAUAUUAAUCUUUUUUACUGAAUUUUGUCAAAAUAUGUAAAAAUUUUUUAUGUAAAUUUUUUAAUGUGUAAUUUAAAUUAAUAACCAUUCCGUUUUUACUUAUUUCAAAACGCUGUCAUGUAAAUUAUUUAUACGCGCAUAAUUUUUAUCUCGCAAUAAGUAUAUCUCUAUACCUAAAUCUUCUAUAUUCUAUAAAAACCGAUAAAAUAAAUAGCUUUGAACGCGUUUUUAUUCUGCACAAUCGAGUCGAAAAUAUACAAUACAGUGUAUUACACAAGUAGGUAUAGCGACUCCAAGCAGACGAUUAAAUGUACAAAAUCAAUAAAUGCAUAUGUAAAAGAA